UGAACUUUAACCACUGGGCCACCCUGUGCCCUUAUCCCCCAUCAUAGAGUUAGACUUGAAUUAUAUAUUGUAUAACGCAUUACAAAAUCGUGCAAAAAAUGUCAAGGCCAUCAGCAGAAUGGCGACUACAAUAGAGUACAAUGGCACCUUAGGCGGCCAUGGUGCCGUUCACGAUUGUUUUUAAAAUGCAAGCGAACGAAUUUAUGCUAUAAAAAUGAAAAUCUUUAGCGAAUUUCUGACUAUUCCCUAGAACUGUAUUUUUUGUUGCUCAUACAAAGCCUCUCUUUCGGCAGCAUCGCCUCCUUCAUAACAUCCUUGCACUCUAUAGCUACAGUGAUGUUGAAGGAUGUGUGAUGCCUCAGUCACCACUCACGCACAUACUACCACACAUAAGUGAUCGCUAAAAAAAUCGCAAAAAAUGAUUGGGAAUACGAUUAGAUAUUUAUUGUUGCCGAGGAAUUGAAUGCAAUUAAGAGAAAUAGUGUUGAAACUUCUGCGAAACUAACAGCGGUUAUAAACAAAAUGAAGGAGUGAUCAACGGUGAACAAGAAGUAGAACGGUGACUAUCUCAGCGCGAUCAAGAUGAAACGACAGGGGUAAAAUGUAACCGGUACAUUAAUUUGAAGCUAUUCUUGCACAUUGGAUAUUGAUCGAGUUGAUAUUAAUGAAGAUCCUACAUUAGGCGUUCAUUAAUAAUGUUUUAACAUUAGGCUAGUAAUAACUAUACAAUUUUCAGCAUUACGUUAGUAAUAACCAAGAUGUUCAGCGGCGUUAGGGGUCUGAUGCUGGACGUGACAGGCGUGCUAUACGAGUCAGGAGGGUGCGCUGUGCCCGGGGGCCCCGCUGCUCUCCAGAGGCUGAGGGAGCGUGGCUACAAAGUGGUGCUCGUGAGCAACGAAAGCACGCAACCCACGUCGGUGCUCGUGGAUAAGUUACGAGGGCUGGGAUACUCGUAUCUUACAGUGGAUGACGUCAUCACGCCCGUACCUGCUGUCAUCGACGUGAUCAGACAGCGCAGCCUCAACCCUCACCUACUCGUACACGAGCAGGUGGUGCAGGAGUUCGACUGCGUGCUGCAGGAGGCGCCUGCCACCUGCGUCGUUGUAGGAGACGCAGAGGAUAACUUCUCCUACGCUCGCCUCAACGCGGCCUUCUCCUGCCUCCUGAACAUGCCGCACCCUACGCUCUUCUCCCUGGGGCGGGGAAUGUACUACCGCCAUGGCGCCGCCCUGCGUCUGGACGUGGGUGCCUUCACGGCCGCGUUAGAGGCGGCCACCGGCGUCACGGCCGAGAUUAUUGGCAAGCCCAGCAGCCUUUACUUCCACUCCGCCCUAAAGAGGCUUGGUCUGCAGCCCAGCCAGGUGGUGAUGGUGGGCGACGACCUGCAGGGUGACGUGGUGGGUGCCCGCGAGGUGGGCUGUCGGGCGGUGCUCGUGCAGACCGGCAAGUAUCGCGCCGAGUGGGCGACCCACCCAGCGCCCACCUUCGUCGCCCGCGACCUCGCCCACGCCGUCGCCCGCGUCUUGGAGGAUGCUGGCGACGGGUAUUGACGCCCCUCAAAUGUAAUUAUUUACCGGCGCCCUGGGCAUCUUAUUGGAGGGCAUCAGCAUAUCUAAUUGGGAUAUGGCGGCCAUCUUGGAUAGUUGCAAGUUGGUUCCCCGCUUACCUAAUUAGAAUCUGGCAACGUUUGGAUGAUAUUUCGACAGAAGUCUUCCCUCCUCCCAAAUUUUCCUUCUUCCCCUGGCGACGUUUGGAUGAACCCUCUUCCCCGACGUUCGUACAAUGGCAAAAAUUUGCGUUUAUAUAAAAAUUUCUGUAAUCUUAUUCUUUGAAUAUUGUAUUAAGUUGCUUUAUUUGCAUGUUCAGUGCCGUAGCAUCAAUAUUAUCACAAAAAAUAAACAAAAA